UGAUUGGACAGCGUUGUCAUCCUUCGGAGCGAUUGGUAAAGACGACCAGACGUUUUUACAGGUUGGCGAAGUGGGAGUAGAGUGUUCUCGUUCAGAGUUUCCACUCUGGUCCGUCUCCAGACUAUAUUAAGUUCCUGGCACAGCAUCUUUCAGCUGCUAUCGGCUUGGUGGCUUAGUGGCUAAGAUGUCUGGCCGUGGAAAAGGAGGGAAAGGCUUAGGGAAGGGAGGCGCCAAGAGGCACCGUAAGGUCCUCCGUGACAACAUCCAGGGCAUCACGAAGCCCGCUAUUCGCCGCUUGGCUCGUCGUGGGGGAGUGAAGCGGAUCUCCGGGCUCAUCUAUGAAGAGACUCGAGGCGUCUUGAAAGUCUUUUUGGAGAACGUUAUCCGGGAUGCGGUUACCUACACUGAACAUGCCAAGAGGAAGACGGUGACUGCUAUGGACGUCGUUUAUGCUUUGAAACGCCAAGGUCGCACCCUGUACGGUUUUGGUGGUUAAAAAGCUACAUUUCCACUGCUGACAAAUCAACCCAAAGGCCCUUUUCAGGGCCACCCACGCAGUCAUUUUAAAGAGCUGUUUUCAGUUUGGGAAGGGGGAGGGAAGCCCUCACGUAACCACUGUAAAUGUAUUCCGAUCGACGAUGUUAGUAAAUAAUUAACUGAGCAAGUUAA